AUGGAAUCCGAGUGGGUAUUUCACAUUGAAAGCAAUCGAUGGUUUCGUUCCAUCUACAGCCAUACAGGUGAGCCCUGUUGGGAAUGGGAUUCUCUCGGUGGCUCAGUGCCUCGUACUACAAGAGAUGAUGAGGUUGCCAACCUCGCCCAGCAUGAAUAUGGCCGCUCAGGAUCUCCAUUUGUCCCCAAGGAUAUAUACGCGCAUUCAACUCCAUCCAUGUCUUCUCAAACACGCCAUACAAACCUCUCAGACUUGCAGCCACAGCCGGCGUUCGAGGACAGACUAUGCACCGAUAGUUCAAAGAUGAACAUCGGCCAUCAGUUUUCACAGAUCGAAGGCACAUACCUACCAGGAAUUCACCGCGCGGGGGAUAGUAUGUACCCAACCGCAGAUUUUCAGGCCGGCAGCAGUGCGAGCAGCCCACCCGAGUGGUUCCAACCAGAUAUGCAGUACGAAAUGCCCCAGGAAGCAACGCACCGAGGCACAGGGUGCACUGGAAUUUCAGGUCGCAGCAAGGCCACCAGAUUAUCAACAAGCGAUGCAUCCAUGCUACAAUCUCACCCCAACGAUUCUCAGGAAUCGGCACUAGAUGCGUCAUACAUGGCCUCUGGGAGCAACAGUGAGCAUAAAACACUGGACCCUCGAUACAAAAAGCAAAGAGACCCUCGGUCAUUCUUCCGAGUUGGCCGAGUGUUUUCAAUGCUAUGGCAUGAGAAUGCAGGUUCAAAUGGUAAUAGACACAGCAAAAAAGUCUCCCCGCGCAGCAGUUCGCAGUUCAUUAGGGGGAAGUACCAAGAGCCCAUCUAUAGUAGCAUCCGGCGCAUGAUAGUAGUCAAGCAGCAAAGGGGUUGUUGCUGGUGUGUGCCCAUCACAACCUACAGAGGACAAGGCGUAUCUAAAGCAGGUAUUGACCGCAGCAAGCAUGCCGUGAUCUAUAUGCGAGGCGAUAUGCCCCCAGCUAAAGAGGAUGAGCCUGCUAUGACGAAGCAGCCCCUCGAAGUCGAGCCUGUCAGAUUAGAACAGAAAUUGGAUCCCAUGUCGAGAGUCAACUUCGGCAAGGUGUAUACAGUCGAGCACAAUGUGAAGGUUCUGCCCGUGGGUGAGAUCAAGGGGGCAUCGAGGGAUUUAUUCUUGGAAUAUUUCCACAGCGAAUUUAGUACCUCCAGACUUCAGGAUACGGUGGUUUUGAUUGGCGACUAUCAGACAUUCUGGCCUAAGGCAGAAAUAUAUUAUGUCAUAACAAAUUUCGCCUCACCGCCUGCGGCACUCUCACCGCCCGACAAAAUUUCCCAAAAAAGUUUCAAUUUCCUCAGAUCUGAUCAAGCAUAUACACAUCAAAACGUCACAAUGAAGCGCAAGUUGGAUGCUAACGAUGUCCCUGCACCCAAGGCCAAGGUGGCUGAGGAUAAAGAACUUGACUUUGAGGCCCUCAACCUCGAUCCCCGAUUGCGCCAGGCUCUGAUCAAGGAAAAGUUCACCAAGCCCACGCUCGUACAAUCAAAGGCCAUUCCGUUGGCGCUUGAAGGAAAGGAUAUCCUGGCUCGUGCGAAAACUGGCUCUGGAAAAACCGCCGCCUAUGUUCUUCCAAUUCUCCAAGCCAUCCUCCAACAGAAGACUGCCGAUCCCUCCUCAAAUGCCACAACCGCCCUCAUCCUUGUCCCCACCCGUGAGCUUGCAGAACAAGUCCAGAAAGUCAUCGUGUCGUUCUCCAGUUUCUGUGGCAAGGAUAUUCGAUCAGUCAACCUGACACAGAAGGUUUCCGAUGAAGUCCAGCGCUCCAUGCUGGCAGACUUCCCCGACAUCGUUGUUUCAACCCCCACGCGCGUUUACAGCAAUGUGAACAACUCUGCCCUCUCCCUCGACAAGAUUACCCAUUUGGUCAUUGAUGAGGCGGAUCUUGUCCUCUCAUACGGCUACGACGACGAUAUCAAUGCUCUCUCCAAGGCCAUCCCCCGCGGAGCGCAGACAUUCUUGAUGAGUGCUACCCUAACAUCAGAGGUAGACACUUUGAAGGAUUUGUAUUGUCGGAACCCUGUGAUUCUCAAGUUGGAGGAGAAGGAAGAGAAGGGUGCUGGUGUCAGCCAAUUCGUUGUUAAAUGCGCGGAAGACGAGAAGUUCCUCUUAACUUACGUCAUCUUCAAAUUGCAGCUUAUCAAGGGCAAGGUCAUUAUUUUCGUCGCAGAUGUGGACCGUUGCUACCGUGUGAAGCUUUUCCUUGAACAAUUCGGCCUCAAGAGCUGUGUCCUCAAUUCAGAGCUUCCCAUCAACUCUCGAAUCCAUGUUGUCGAAGAGUUUAACAAGGGUGUUUACGAUAUCAUUAUUGCAGCUGAUGAGCAAGAGGUUCUGGGCACCAAGUCAAAGAAGACCCCUGAGGUGAAGGAAUUGGAGGAAGCAGAGCCUAAAGAGGAGAUGGGUGAAAGUGAGGACGAACAGGCGCAAGAGGAGACCGAAAAUGGAAAGAAGCCUGAAUCCAAGAAGCGUCGCAAGAUGAGCGCCAAAGAAAAGGAUUUCAGCAUUGCCCGCGGAAUCGACUUCCAAGAUGUCGCAUGCGUUCUCAAUUUCGACCUACCCACAACCUCAAAAUCCUACACCCACCGCAUCGGACGUACUGGCCGUGCAGGAAAGGCCGGCAUGGCGCUCUCUUUCGUUGUACCUGCUGAUCAGUACGGCAAGCACCGACCCACCUCAAUCCCCAGCACAAAGCACGAUGAGAGCAUGCUCGCCAAGAUCGUUAAGCGCCAAGCCAAGCUCGGCCACGAGGUUAAGCCCUACCACUUCGAAAUGUCCCAAGUCGAUGCCUUCCGGUACCGUAUGACCGACGCACUGCGCGCCGUGACCAGACUCGCCAUCCAGGAAGCACGAGGACGCGAGAUCCGACAAGAACUGAUUAAGAGCGAGAAGCUCAAGCGCCAUUUCGAGGACAACCCUGAUGAGCUGCGCCAGUUGCGCCACGAUGGUGAGCUGCGAGCUGCGCGUGUCCAGGCCCACCUUAAGCAUGUCCCUGAAUACCUCAUGCCUGCCAAGGGUCGAAAGGGAAUUUCCAAGGAGAAUGCCGGAUACGUCAGCUUCUCCAAGUCGAAGCAGAACCGAAUUCGCAAGGCGAGAGAUCGCAACCGUGCUCGUGGCAAGUCCGGUGGCAAGUCAGACCCUUUGAAGACGUUUAAUCGAUCCAAAAAAUAG